GAAUUAAAGUGUCUCUCCACUUUGCUCGUUUUCCUUAUUUCAAAAUUCAACUAACUUUUCCUUUUUUUUUUUAACAGAAUCAGAGGUUAGAUUUGUCAAACUUUCGACUAUGUCAAUUACAAGUAUGAUAACACAUCCGUCCGGUUUCACCUGUGUUUGUCGCGUUUACGAUGAAGUAGAUGCGACAUAUUUAAAAUGCCUCGGGAAGAGAGAGAAAGGAAAGGUGAUGCAACAGGUACAACCCCGAAAUGCGGGUUCGCUAAUUCGCAAUAUAAAUUCCAUGAAUAUUAUUACUCCUCGGUGAUAUAAAUAUUUUCUCCGAGCGGCAUCGCGAGAGAUAAACUCGACAAUCAGCACGCCAAUUGGCGUUUUCUGAUCGGCGUCGUGCGUGGAAAUUUUCGAUUUUUCGCGAAACAUAUCUCCCCUCCUCACGCGGGGCGCCCGCCUUCGGCGACGACGGUGACGGGACACGGCACUGCAUUAACCGACUGAUACAAGAUGGUCGACGUGCCUUUGACCGUGUCGCUGACGGUGGGCCUGGCGACGCGAGACUGUGUUACCCCGCGCCACUGAACGAGCCCCGCCGUGCCCGGAGAGGCCAUCAGGGAGAGAGAAAAGCGCCUCGGGGACGCCGACGUGCGCGACGUUAAAUGGCUAUCGCGGGAUAAAGGGCGACGCGUGUACUUGGGUGUCCGUGUUGCAGUCUCUUGGAGAAGCGCGAGGCGCGGCCGCGCGAGGGUACGCCCGGUGAGGGGGACGCGAGGAAACGAUGGAGAAGCGGCAGGAGGUGCUCGCUCCGUUUUCCUCCGACGAGUGUCCGAAUAGCGGCGAGGACAGCGAGGAAGAUGUAAUAACCGAUUACCUUGGCUCAUCGCACUCCGACUGCGAUCGCGUGCUGCCUAUCAUUAAUGGGGAUCUACGCGGCCUGAGUUUACACGGCGGCAUAAUUACGGAGACCGGCUACAACACCAAAGACAAUACCGACAAAGCGGCGAUCAACAUGUCUGAGGGCGGUGACGAACAGCAGCAUCACCACCAGCAGCAACAGCGGCAACAGCAGCAGCAACACCCGUUCCUCGCACUCGGCACUAAUAUACAAGCCCAGCCUAAUCCUCAUGUGCCCCUCAUUAGCGUCACGCCGCACUCGCCCGGUGUGGCCAAGAAUUAUCCGGUCCUAGAGGAAAAUUUACAGCAACUGCACGAGAUACACGACUGCAUCCAGCGUAUGCGAAACAUAGCGUUACAAAGCACUUUGGGAUACCACAUUUGCGCCUCCAACAAUGCACCACAAAGAUUGACCUCCUCCUGCCCGUCCCUGUGUCCGCUGAUGGCUUCGGCCGAGCUCGCGUCUCGUUCCGGCAAUCAUCAUCACCACGACACCGGUUCUGACCCGGACCUCGUCCUCGGCAAUUACUCCGCGAACAGCUCCCCGACGCAUUUCCCGUUGAUGGGUGGUGGCCAUGCCCGCUCGCAACAGAUGCAGGGUAUAGAUCGGAGACGCAGCUGGAACGGAGAUCUGGAGGAUCUGGAAGAGAGUCGACGUGGCCGCCGCCGAUACUCCGGACAAAAUCAUCUGCAGCCUCAAAAUAUGGUUAAUAUUGUCCGUUACUUAUUGAAACCAGGGGACGGACCCGGUUCAAUCUCGCGACAACGCAGCAUUAGUUUAAGUAGCCUAGACAGCGAAAACGAGAUAGAAUUAGAUGGGAAAUCAUGUACCGGGCCUGUAGGCGUGAGCAAUCGGGCAUGCAGGUCGCAAACGAGCACGCACUCCCUGAACGAAGCUGAUCUUAUACAGAACGAAUAUCAGAAGAUAGUCACAAAAAGGGAUAGUCAGAGAUUAGUGGAAAGUAGCAGUUUAAUGCCGGGACUGACUGGUUCGCGUUUACCUCUUCAGAAAUCUAUAUCGACGCCUUCGAUCGUGGCACCGCAGGUUCACGCGUUAACCGAAACCGGAACUCGAGCGACGCCUUUACUUGCAGCCCGUCAUGAAAGAAACGAAAAGGGUAGUGGGAGUGAGACAGAAACCGAAGAUCUUCAUACACCACACAGCCACGGAUUCCACGAAGACCGGGAGGGCACUCCGAAUGUCCAGAUUGACGAGCUUUUGACCGAUGGUACUGCAUACGAUGAUCAUCAUUCUGAAAAGACUAGAAGAAAACGCGGUUCUAUUUUCUUCCGCAAAAGGAAUAAGGAUAAAAGCGGAAAGAAGACUAGUCAACAGCAUUUGUGGGUAACGACGAUGGUGGGAACUCAGGGAAGCUUAUUAUGUGAUGUUUGUAUGAAACAUUCCACGAAUAAACCGCUCCUUCAUUGCGACAAUUGCGGAGCGUCGGUUCAUCAAAGUCAGGGAUGUAAGGAUCAGUUAGUGCUAGAGUGCAUCAAGUCGAAGCAUCACUCCGGCAAAUUCGCAUCAAAGUCUUCAUCCAACGUUUCCAUAAUCUCGAGCAACAGCAACAUCAACAAACGGGGCUCCACGACGUCGUUGCCUCUACCGGCGUUACCCGGCAGCGGAAGGGAAAUUAACAGCCACAAGAAAACCGUGUCAAGCUACAGCCCUUGGCGGCGAGUCGCCACUAAGCUUGGAGUCAAUCAAACGAUAAAUGAAGAAAAAGAUGCCGAGACCGGGCAACAUCGUGAUCUCCACAGCGGAUGGGAAGACUUUGACUUCGGGGACGACGCUCAUCAGUUCACGGUGGCGGAUCUCGAGGAGAUAGAUCCCGAGCUGACAUUGGGGAAGGAGGAGCCCGACUCUUGGAGCUCCGCGAUCGGACGUAACAUCGCGUUGCGUCUCGUCGAUCAUUGCGAGCGCGAGGUGAAGAGGCAGGAGCACAUAUACGAAUUCGUGCUCACGGAGAAGCACCAUUGCCUGGUGUUGCUCGCGAUGGAGAAGAUCUUCGCGGAGGGACUGCGACGGCACUUUCGUCUGGGCCAGCCGGAUCUCGAGCGCAUGUUUCCCCGACUGCGCGAUCUGAUCGACAUCCACCUGCGGUUUCUGCAGAAGCUGCGAAAGCGACAGAAUGCGAACUCCGUGGUUUCUACGAUCGCCGACAUUCUGGUCGACCAGUUCUCGAGCGACAACGCGCAACGCAUGAAGAGCGCGUACGGGGAGUUUUGCAGCCGUCAUCGGGACGCCGUCGAAGCGUACAAGUAUUAUUUGCGUACCGACUCUCGCUUCGCCCGUUUCGUUCGCCACUGUCAGACGAAUCCUUUGUUGAAAAAGAAGGGUAUACCCGAAUGUAUACUCUUCGUUACUCAACGUUUGACGAAGUAUCCGUUGCUGAUUGAGCCGCUCAUUAAAACCGGCGUCACACAAGACGAAGGUGAAGACUUACGUAAAGCACUGGUCCUUGUUAAAGAGAUUUUAGCUGACGUAGAUGCCUGCGUAGCCGACAAAGAGAGAGAAGAUAGAAAAUUAGAAAUAUACAAUAAGAUCGACGCGAAAUCAUUCGCGAUGUAUCGUGGUGCCAAAUUCAAGAAGUCGGAUAUAAUCAACAGAAUCCUGAAGUUCGAGGGCACUGCAUACCUAAUGCAAGGUCGUGGCAAAAUGACUGCUAUCGUAGUGGUCGUUCUCUCAGACAUAUUGUUUUUCUUGGCUGAGAGAGAUCAGAAAUACGCGUUCUUCGUGCCUGACAAUAAAGCCGGUAUAGUGUCGCUGCAGAAGCUGCUGGUUCGCGAGAAGGCCCGUCAAGAAUCUAGCAUCUACCUAAUAAGCAGUAACCCGGCCGAGCCAGAGAUGUUCGAGCUGAAGAUUCAGAAGCCAAAGGACAAACAAUUAUGGAUACAGGCUAUUCGGUCGGCGGUCGAGGCUUGUCCACAGGAUUCCGAAAACGAGACCGACACGCUGACUGAAAAUAACGAGUUACGAGACACUCGUUCCUCUUCGAUUUCGCUGGUCUCCGCCGAAGAGAAGCAGCGUAUUGCCAAGAUUAAGGAGUCGCAUAUACUUAGAAUCGUCGGCGAAUUGCGAAAGAAGGAUGCAGAGCAGGCGUUGCUGUUUGAGGAGAAGAUCAACUUGCAAAUGCGGCUCUUGCAAGCGGCAAAUAUCUGGAGCGGGAACGAGAACGACAACGAGAAAAUUGAGAAGCAUGAGAAAGAAGGUGCCGAUUACACCCGAUUGGUGCACAACGAGGGAAUCGAUACCACUCACUUGUGGCAAGAGGUGGUUGUGGCCGUGCAAGAAGCGACACGUCUCGCUAGCUCGCUGUCGUUCAGCGCGGGCGGCGCUCCUCUAUCACGAAGCUUAAGCUCCGCCGGCGAGCGUCAUAGCGAAGCUUACAUUCCGCCAGCUCUUUGCGUUCCUCGCAGGGCCGAAACGUUCGCCGGUUUCGACAAAGAGAGAUAUCCGCUGCGUGAUACGAACACGUUAAACCCCGUGAUCCCCAUUCCGAAGGUCGGUGAGUUACCCAAAGAGAAUCCCGAUGAAAAGGACGGCCAAGAGUUAGACACGAAUAAGGAUCAGCAGUGGGCGGCGAUACGUUUGUCUCAUCACGUUUAUACGUUGCUCUGUAUAAUAAGUAAUCAGAUGACAACGAUCGACAGCCUGCAAGCGCAAUUGGCCGCGUGUAAGGAGGGCAGUAUGGGCAAAUCCAACAGCCGACCGAAUCCGAAUCGUCAGUUGGAAGAGCUGCGGAACUUGCAGGAUCAGCUCUGCCGGGAGAAAGCGGCGUUUCGUAUCGCGUCACAACAGGAGAAGACCCAGUUGGAGGAGGAACGGGUCGAGCUGGCGCGGCAGAGGGAGCAAUUGGCCGCGGAGCAGCGGGACGUAACGCAGCAACGGGAUCAGCUGUAUCGACGACUCGAGGCAUUGGAGCGACAAGGCGUGACGCUGGUUGGAAGUUCCACGACCGGCUCGACGAUGAUUCACCUACCUCACUUGACGCAGAACGCCGAAACAAUCCAGCAAAGCGCGCGCAGCAAGGCGCAACCCGAGGCGAAACGCAUCCCCUUGAAUCUGAUCAGCGCGACGAAUCAGCAGAAAGUGCAGAGUAACUUGCCGGUCAAGCAACAGCUGCCACUGAAACUCGCCAGCGGGAGUAACAAUAACACAAGAAGCGGUAGCACCGCGAGCAACAAUAGUCCGGAUCGGCACUCCAGGGCUGGCAGUAGUCCAGCGAUCGUCACCGGAUCCGCUUACUCGUCACCGGAGCUCGGAAAUAGCCAUGGAAUCGGCGGCGGGAAUCACACGCAUUUGUCGAAUCGCUCACUCCGCGUCACUCGCUCGCCGCCCGACACCCCGUACGUGCAGGUGCAGCAGCAACAACAACAACAACAACAGCAGCAGCGAAAUACGGAGCCGCAAUCGCAGCAACAACAGCAGCAGCAGCAGCAGCAACCGCCAGAGGAGGAGGUGAUCUUCUUCUGACGAUUCUUUCGAUUCGGUCGCAAACAUUCAUCGCGUUCAUCGCGCGCAAGCACCGCCGCCACCACUAGCACAACUACGCCGACCUUAACACCGGCACCGUCACCGCGCAAUCAGCCGAGAAGUCAGCAGUCCCGCAGCCGCGUCAAAUCGUUUUGAUUUUCAACAUAAACUUCUCUCGCGAUGCAAUCUACUCGCUGUUUCAUGCAGACACACUCUUUCGUAGCGUCUCCAUCUCCUACCACAUUUCGCAUCUUCUAUGCGCCCUCUCCUCACUAUAGGUUUGAUCGUCUUAUAAUAGGAUGCACCUGAGACUAUUUAUUUUUUCACGACGAGGUCGUAACGUAACACGAUACUUCAUCCUGUCCAUACGACAUCUAAACGACGACGUUAUUGUCAACAAAUGAAUAGUUUAGUCUUGGAAGAUGAAAGCUGGAAGAAGAAAGAGAGGUAAUACUUUAUUACGUUCCAACUGCUAUAACCGAUGGCAAUAAUCAUUUUUAUGCCAAAUCUCGCGAAACUACUCGUAUAUUACCUUGGUGAGAGGAAUACGUUAAGAAUAAAAUGCAAUUUUUAUUAGAAACGAUCGGAGAUAUUUACAGAGUCGAGAAAGAGGGAGAAAGAGUAUUUUAAUGGCCGGCUUAGCAAAGUAGAUCAGCCAAUCUUGUUGAAUUCUUGCUCGUUAUGUUAUCCAGCCGACUGACAAUUUUAGAAACACAAAAUUUUAGAUGAAUCUUUUAAACACACACCUGUUGCUGCUUGCUGAAAUGCAAGGUAGAGAUAUAUAUACAUAUAUUACGGUUAAAUAUAUACAGGAAUGUGUGUACAUAUAUAUACUUUUUCCGCAAACAUACGUGUGUGCGUAUAUGGGUAUGAAUGAAAGAGGCAAAUCGUGUAUGUGUGUGUGUGUAAAUGAUUAUGUGCGUUGCGAUGCGACUCUUCUCGCGCGCUUGCAUGUUUCGCUAUCUCUAUGAAUGCACGAGCGAGAAUCUCUGUUGCGAAUGGUAGAGCGAAUCCGCGGUAGCUAUUCUUAUAUACAUAUAAACUAUUGAAGUAUUUUAAUACGUGCUAAAGCGACAGAUAGGACUUACUAAUAAUUAUCAGUUAUUGUCGUUAUUAUCAGUAUGUGUGCCAAGCCACUGAUCGAAAUCGAUGACACUUCUUCAGUUCCCAAAACGUUCGCUUCACGCAUGAUUCUGUUCUUCGCGAGUGCAUUGCGUGUACGACACGCACCCGCGGCUCUCCUCCCCCCCGCCCCCUCACAAACGAAUUGUAUUAGCGAAGGGAUUUCGUUAUUUGAUAUUUCGUUUCGGGAUUAUUCACUGCCAUUAUUGUUGUUCUUUCUUCUCGUAUUAUUGUUUACAACCGACUUUAUUUAUUGCAUUGUGUAAGAUUGAAAUGACGAAAGCCCGUGCGAGCCGACACGCGAAAGCGAGAGGGAUCGUUACGAAUCUGCGUCUCGACUCUUGCGAGAAUUCGCGUCGGUUCCCGCGGAUUUUCUGGUAUCCUGUGCACUGUCUCUAAUGUAUUUUAUUUGUAUGUCACACUUAUCAACGAAGGGGGAAGUAGUUCUCGAGUGCCGAAUGGAAAGAAAUGAGGAAAACUCUGAAUCACAGUACGGUCAUACUGCACGUUGAAUUGCCGAACUCACUCUUCUGUAAUAGCACAAAAGAUGUAGUACGUAUUUAGCGUACCUUAGCAAGGAUCGUCGCUGCGACACGCGGCGUCGAGCACUCUUUCAGAUUCACAAUUCGAAAACGGGAAGAACGAUUGCGACAACCGUGUUAAAAUGUAACAAUUGUCAAUAUGUCUCUGAAUUAGAGAUUCCUCUGAAUUCGGAUUGUAAACGGUAAAGAUAUGAUGCUGCGCGUAUAUAAAUGUACAUUCCUCGAGAGAGAAAAAAUUGGCGUGCAAUAUGAUCGGAUUUGCAAGACGGGUAGAGCUGGGUCGUUGA